AGUUCUGUCGAGUUCGAGCUGAUUCAGCUGAUGCCGUUCCCCAUCGCCGACAUUUUCUCUGCGUUCUGGUCCAUUGCCGAGAUGGAAGGCUCUCCUGACGGCGAAAAUGCUGUUGCCAUGCAGCUAUCAAGAGACGUGUACGCUGUGAACGCGCAUAUGAGAGUGAGCCUCGAGAGCGGAAAUGUCAUCGACAUCCACAGCUCCAGUGUGCUCAAGCGGUUCGUUACGUCAGACGGAGUUGUCAUCCUGAAAGACUCCAACUGGAAAGCCGACCACCCAGACACAAGCGCGUGGUGCCUCACGACGCAAGAAGGAGGCAGCUUUGGCAUGCGCGACUACGGCGACUCGAGUGGUGUUUGUCAGCUUCGAUCUGUGCUUCGACUUCAACCGGUGGCCUUCAGAGCACAGGCAGUAAACGAAGUGGUGAUCCCGUCCUUCCGGGAGCUUGCGAUCUCGCGCGACCAGUUCGUUGAGAACGCCUUGUUCGAC